AUGGAACAAGGCUUAACACUGGAAAUGGCCAAGACAACAAGUCCUAUGAGGUCAAUCGAGCAGUAUAAAAGAGGAACCGAAAUGACCACAAGGCAUAUGAGUUCUAGUCACGGAACUACAAGCUACUUCACGUCACUCUAUAUCACUGGCGCGGCUCGAGGAAUAGGUCGUGAACUUGCGUUUGGAUUCAGCAAAUUGGGUGCAAAAGUUGUGUGCUUGGACAUCAACGAAAUUGGAAACCGAGAAACAGCAACAAUUAUUAAACAAAACGGUGGAACAGCAGCCGAUUAUAAAUGCGACGUGACUAAAAAGGACCAGGUGAAAAAUGUGCACAAAAAAGUGGUACAGGACUUGGGUCCGGUAGAUAUUUUGAUUAAUAACGCCGCUAUCGCAUGGGGUUACUCGUACAUCAAUCCCUUUGAGGAUCAGUUCAUAGAGAACCUAAUCAACGUGAACCUCAUGGGACAGUUUUGGAUGAAUAGAGAAAUAUUGCCGUCCAUGUUGGAGAGAAACAGUGGGCACAUCGUGGCAAUAUCUUCGAUGUCGUCCAUGUUCGGAAUACCCGGCGCUUCCGCGUACAUGAGUUCCAAAUGUGCCAUCAACGGUAUGAUGGAAUGCUUGGAAAGCGAGAUAAGGUAUUUGAACUCCAAUUUAAGGACGACGACUAUUCUGCCGUACUUCGUGAAAACCAGCCCCAAAAUUACAGCCAGAUUACACAGCAAAUUAUCGGAAAUACCUACGGAAAUCGCUGUCGAUGAAAUGAUGAAAGGAAUACUGGAAGAACGACGAGUGUUUUCGAUUCCUGGAUUAUUUUUGCCGAUAGUAUCGUUUGUUAGGUUGUUACCUGAUGAUUUACAAAAUGUAUUCAAUAAAAUAACAGAUAUAAGGAUUACACUGGACGAAUAUGAUCUAGAAAUUUUCAAAAAAUAUAUUCGUAAAUGAUGAAUUUACAAACCACUUUUUAUGCAACCAUGCCACUUUCAAACGAGUAACCUGUAUAUAUCAUUAAUAAUUUAUUAUUAAUUUAAUCGUAAAAAUGAUAUAACAAAUGGUUUU